GCUCGUGGGACAGACUCACAAGACAAAAAGCUGGUCCCGGGAUAAGUGCAAGGCGUACAGCUCGGUUUCUUAGCGUCAAAAGCGCGCGGCUUUUCCGGACUCAGGUCGGUACCGUUUGGCACCAUCCAUGAAGAUAUCUCGCAACGAAUCUUACCGGUGAACACAAACCACGAAACUCGAGAGAAUAUCAAGUCACAGACCCAUAUCCAACGGCAAUGUAUUAGUUUUAUCUCGAGACGCACGGGCUUCAGGAUUUAAAAUAGAACAAUGCCGUCCUAAAUUAUUUUAAGGAAUUGCUAAAUCAAGCGGCGCAAGCAAGACUUUGCAGGACGUCAACGAUAACACCCGAGUAAACCAGAUUGUGAAGAUAUCGGUAAAACUUUUACCCCAGUGCUCCGAUUUCAGAAUUUAAAAUAGAACAAUGUUCUAGAUUAUCUGAAGAAACUGCUUUAUCGAAUUUGGAAACGCAAAAGCAAGGCUUUAGUGACAAUGACAAUAUUCGAAUCGACAAGUCUGUGAUCGUUUUAUCUCGGAUUUAAAAAUUUAUAGUAAUAAAAAUUUGUUUCGUGAAAUUUAAGAAAACGCAAGCAUUAUCGUUUACAAUCGAGAUAUGGCUGUGAGCAUCGUUGAACAGAGGAAUCUAUGAUGAAUAUAUUACCGAUGGUAACGGUGAUGGAAUAAAACGCGACGACUGUCUCUCCAUCGGAUUCUCACGAAUGUUCGAUCAGCACUGAGGCUGAUCAAUCAUCGUCAUUAUCCGAGAACUGCAUUCGAGAAAAAGACGAUGCCGUUGACGAGGGAACCAACGCUGCCGUAGACGCCAGAAUGUCGUACCCUUGAUCCCGGGCACACGUCGGCGUCGCAUCGGCGAACGGUUUAGUGCCUGUUCAGACCUGAAUGGAAGAUUUAUUAACUCGCAUCGUAUCGCGAAUAACCGAACGCGUAAUUUAUACGCAGAAGUGACGAGGUGUUACCAGCACAACGUGUAAAAGAGAUUAAAGGGAGCCGACUGAGAAAAACGUUCACCACUUAAAUUCAACCCCUUGAUCUUUUAUCCGCGGCAAUUUAGUGAUCAUCGUAUCUCCAUUGGCGACAUGUCCUCCAGAGUCAGACAACAGAUUCGCAUAACAAUCUUCUUCAACGACGGGACCGUAGUGAUUUACAUCUGAAUCGGCGGUAGUGUCGCAAAUAAGACUGAAGAGGGAUCAACAGUGACGAUCGGUGUAUCAUGAGAGACUUAUGAAAAUUCCAAGGAGCAAGGACGUCGAGAAAGCGAAAGGGAAAAAGUAACUUAUUCGGCACCAAGGAGAAAGGAAAGGAGGAGGAAAGACGAGCGCCUCUCUUUGAACCGCCACUUAGAAUACCUCGACUCGUCGUGCUGGUUCGACGAUCGUCGUAGGAUCUCCAGGAGUAUCCAAGAUUUCACGACUAGGGAAACAUUGUCGUCGCGCGACGCGAGAGAGAAAGAGAGAUAGAGAGAAAUAAAUUGAUGAUAUGAUGGAUACGAGAAAUGACCGCCGAUCAACGAUAGAUAUUUUCGAAAAGGACGUGCCACGAUCGGACGAAUUGCCGAUCAUGGUGAUCCACAGGGCGGGAAUCGGCGAACUUUUGGCGAGACAAGCGAUGGCCUGGUGCCGUUCCUGGCUUCAAACAUUCCCCAUAAAAAUUACGUUAAACAACGUCGGAUUGUUGACGGUGCUCCUGGCAAUUGUGUCGCCGCGAUUCCUCAUUUACACAAUCCUUUAUCCGAUUUUCAGAUUGGUCUUCGGCACCUUGUACCCGGCGUACGCUUCCUACAAGGCAGUGCGCACGAAAAAUGUCAAAGAAUACGUCAAAUGGAUGAUGUACUGGAUCGUUUUCGCGCUAUUCACAUGCGCGGAAACAUUCACCGACGUCUUCUUUAGUUUUUGGUUCCCGUUUUACUAUGAGAUUAAAAUCAUCCUGGUGCUGUGGCUGCUGAGUCCGGCCACUAAGGGCUCCAGUAUCCUUUACCGGCGCUUCGUACAUCCCGCGCUAAUCCGCCGUGAAGCCGAGAUCGACGAAGCCCUAGCUCGCGCGACCGAGCAGGGUUACACGGCGGUGCUGCAUCUCGGCACCAAGGGCGUGAACUAUGCCACCACGGUCCUCAUGCAGACCGCCAUCAAGGGCGGCGGCGGGCUGGUGCAACAAUUGAGGAAAAGUUACAGCCUCAGUGAUCUAACCGGCGAGAAGGAAGACGAAAAUAGAAACACACCCGAUGCGCGUGACGAGACGGACAUGGAAGUGGAACCUCGCCGAAGAGAACACGUCGGCAGAAGAGGCUAUAGUCCUCGCAGGACUCAGUCCAGCAGCAACGCGUCUCGAGUAGAGAUGUAUUUUUCCGAAGUGGAUGUCGAUGUUCGACAGCCAAGGCCUAGGGAGCCUAUAGCUAGUUUAACAAAUAUAAGGUCCUCGGACGACAUAUCUAGCGGUUACAGUAGCGGCGAGGCGUUGCAGUCCCAGCGAACGACUUCUCAGGGUGACUCUUUAGUAAGAACGUCGAGCGUCGGUGCGAGAACACGCGUGAAGCCUCGUUCCACCGCAAAGAAGACGCCCGAAGACAGGGGCGAGGAUUUCGACUGCACACCUCCCGAAAAUAUCUCCCUACCGUCGUCCCUAAACGUCCUCACUCCCGAACAAGCUGUCGAACUUUUACUGUUGUUAUCCCAAAGUAAUAAUAAAUCGAUAAACUACCCGACAUCUAUUACCACUUAUAUCGAUAGCGAUAAAUCUGCAAACGAAAACCGAUCUGCAAUGAAAACAGACGAUAAUGAAUCGUCAUCGAUGGAAUCGAGCGGUGAGUUUGUUGACACAGACUCGGCUCAAAUAGACGUGCAAACAGUGCAAACUAUAGAGAUUAAAAAUAUCUCAACGGAAAACUUGUCGAUACCUGCGGUAACAAAAAGCGCAGAUAAAAUAAAUAUCGAUAGUUCGAUAAAAAGAUUUGAUAUUCCGCAAAGCGAGUCCAACGCGCAAAUGGAAUAUAUUGACGAUGAACCAAAAAAGGAUCAAGAAGUUUCAGCUGUUUCCCAAAAGUCUGAAAUAGGAGGAGCUGAUCUCGAGCGAAUAACUGGCGAGAUUUGUCAGCAAAAAUUCGACGAGCUGAAGCAAUUAUUGGAUGAUGCGCAUAAAGCUGUGACAGGCAUCGUGUCUUCCCAAGAAAAGUUAAAUACGAUUAACAGAGAUAAGGAACAUGUAAAUGUGCGGGAAAUUAAGACUGGCGACUCGUCGAGCAUUUGUGGUCGCGAUAUUGUGGCCCAACCUCCUGUUACACCAAGUACAUCGAGUUAUGAUCUCGACGGUGAUAAUCGCGCGGGAAAAUAUCAUAAAAAGCCUGCUCCGAAAGCUCCAAUAAGUAACGAAACAGUAAUAAGUAAUGAAGACAUUGACGAAAACGAGUCUCAAAACGCUUUGAAGGCCACCUUAGUCAUUAAAACUGGAACAUUGAGAACUGUUUCGAGUGCGGAUGCUACGAAAGACAUAUUUUUGGCGCACACCUCGGACACGAAAAAAAGAAAGAAGAAAUCUAGCAAAUUACGCGCUAAGGAGAGCAUAUCUAAAUUAUUAACGAUCCCAAAGAACAUAUUUCAUAGUGCUUUCCAUAAGGAGCAAAACGAAACUUCUUCUAAGGAGGAAGAUUCCAGCUCCACGUACUCUGAGACCAGUGGAUCCGCGUCGAGAUCAGAUAGUAUUGGAUCCCAGGUGUUCGUGGACGCAUCCGCGAAAUUAUCUACUUCAAAACAGGAAAUGGACGUGGAAGAGAUCCCAUUGAGACCGGAGCACGAUAACAAUACUAAGAAUUCCGACAAAGAUAUGAACUUUUUUGCUAAGAAAUUAGAUACUGAGAUUGUACCUUUGAACGAGAUCGAAAUAGAUCUGAAAAUUGAAGAUAAUAAGAAAGAAGAAGGUGCAAUAAGUGCAGAAAAAUCUGAAAAUCAUGAAAAGAAUAUUGAACAUAAGCCCAACUUGCAGAUUCGUGAAAUGUCGCAGUCGCUGCCUUACAGCGAUAAAAAAGAGAUUAUCACUGACAUCAAUUAAAAGCAUUUCAUUAAUAUCUCACAGGGGGAAAUCAUGUUAUUAUAUACAUAUCUGUAUUAAGUAAUUAUCUGUUUUUUCUUUGAUGUUUUUAAAAUAUGAUAAAAAGCUUGUUCCUUCUCUCUAUUCCACUUCCCACACUUCAUAUUUUAUCCUAAUUGGAAAUCCGGACAGAAGAGAUGGACUGUUCCAUUAAGAUCAUAACGAGUUUCGCUACCUUACCUCGCAGUAAGAAGACAAGUAAGAAAAAAGUGGCAUGAAACCUCCCUGCUGCUGACCGCAUCAAGGAAUAAGACCAAGUCCCUUGGCCAUUGGAAGCAAAAAAAAUCUUCAUCAGCGUGCGGAUCUAUUGUAAUUUUUGCACCAGCCAGAUAUAACGGGCACAUUAUCGGUCAGCAGCAAACAUCGAAUAGUAAAAAAAACACACGAUGUAUACAAUGUUGAAUGUUUCUAGCACCGGUAUAUUUCUUAAUUCAGCUUUUUGACUAUUGAUUUAACUUGUCGAUCGUUUCCAUUAGUCGGAAGAGAGAGUUUUCUCUCAUUUAUUCGCAAGGAGCUUACCGGAUAUACGCGAGGGAUAAAAAGAGAUGCUAACAGCUUUGUCAUCCUCUUGAGGAAAAAGAAACAUACAGAUACUGUUUAUAUAUAUACAUAUAUAUAUCGAUCACACACGUCGGGUCACGUGCACUGUUACUCACAGUCAUCCGACACGUUGUUACACGAUUCGAUAAUUUCCCAUAUGUAUCUUAAGCUCCCGCGAGAGAGUCCAGUUUAGCUUUUAUAUGCUAACGUUUGGUAGUGCUAUCGUAGGUAGGGAAGACUUGAUACGAUAUUGCAUGCAGUAUAUCUGCUUACGAAUAGGCUUUGAUUAUAACGUAAUGAAACUUUCCAUAAUCGAGGAGUAGAAAAAGAAGUCCGCUAGAGCCAAAUCAGGGAUUUCGGCGCUUGAUUCCCGACAUUAGGCCGUAAUCGCCGUAACAAUUAAGGGAAUCCUCUACGAACCCAGCGACCGCAAAACCGCUGCGGGAUGACUUUGAUAUUGCGAACGCUAUUGUAAUCGAACAAAUUGAAUCUAGUCAAUCAGGAAGAUGAGUACUCAGACCAUACUGAAAUAGUGCCACGCGAUCCGUAUAUAAUCCUCUUUUCACUAUCAAAUAGUAAUUGUUUGAUGGACUGUGUCUAACUACGAUUGUGUAUGCGUGUCGAGUAUUGUGUGGACCUAAUCGAAUAGCUGUUUUCCCUCGCACGGAAUCUGAAGUUCGAGAAAUUGCGCGAAUUUCUUAAAAAAAAUAAAAAAAAAAAGAAGCUAGAUAGAUACGAUUCUGCGUAAGGACCAACGAUUUGUCUGUUAAUCCAUGGCAAAUUGUUAAAAGUAUUGUUGUCGUGCGAGAUCACUUUCAGUUUUUGCAUACCUGCAAUGAAGAUGCUAGCAAUGUAUACUUUGAUAACGAGUUGUUUUAUGACGACUUAUUCUUAACUUCAUAUCAGUUUUAUCGCGUCCCUAAUAAUUUAGAAUAUACCCUGCUUGUGUAACUCACAAUGAGUUUUAAGUAUCUGUCGUGCUUAAUUUGUAAUUACAUUUACUAAUUUGUAAUUACAUUUACUUGGUACGGUACCUUUUAGAGCGAACGAUUUUACAUCGUACGCUCACGAAAGACUUACGCACAAGUCCUACGACUAUUUUAAAUUUAUCGUAUGUGGUAAUGUUAAUGGAUUAGUAUAUAAUUUAUCGUGUUGUACUUUAACAUUUAUUGCACAACUUGGACAAAAUUAACGUAUUUAACAAUUAACAUAAAUUUAGAAACGAGAAAGACGCGGAACAUGGUGUUGAUGUAUCAGUUGUGUAUACUCGACGAAUGAAAUAUUCGAUAUGUUACUAACAGUUGUUGAUUUUACGUGUAGGUUCUACGCAUAGUUCACGAUCGAGGAAGAAAAAUGUAGCAAAUGCUUUUGAUACACCUCGUGAUGUAUAAAUAAAUCAUGUAUAAUGGACUCUACAAUAAAAUAUAAAAUAACAUAUAUAAAUGCGGAUCUCUAUGCAAAAUAGAUAUUUUUAUCCGAUCCAAAUGUGCAAUAUGAAAUAUGCAUUUGCUGCAUUUUAUCUGCAUCUUUAUAAUACGACUCGUUGAAAGACAUUAAUACGUAUUUGUCUCGAACUUUAUAUAUAAAUAUAUAUGCGAGAAUAUGUGAUAAGAGAGUGAGUGAAAGAGAAAAUGCUCAACUAUGAAUCUCUACCGAUAUUAAACGGUCGGUUUCCUAUAGUUCUUAUAUAUAAAGAUAUUUCUCGUUCUUUAUAAGUAUUUAACGCCUUCGGCGCAUAAAUUGUGUCCCGAGCUAUUAUGGUGCUGCGAUCUUUGUAAUUUUUUUUAUAGUUCUGUACUUCGAUACAGUAUACAUAAGAGAAAGCAGAAUCUUGAAAAUACGUUUGAAACCAAGUUACUCUGUGUCCGAGUUAUUCGGCAAAUUACCGAGUGGUGCAGAGCAAGAUAAUUAACAGUACUUCAGUUCAGGCAUAGUGUAGCGAAUAAAUGACAUUAAAAUACGAUAUCUGAUGAAUA